UGCCUCGCGCGGCGGUGACGUCAGACAUCAGCGCCCGGCCUGCUGCGCGUGCGUCUGGAAGGCCGCCCGCUCCUUUCCGUCGAGCCGAGCCUGCUGAAGAGCCGCCAUGAGCAAGGCCCACCCUCCCGAACUGAAGAAAUUUAUGGACAAGAAGUUAUCAUUGAAGUUAAAUGGUGGCAGACAUGUACAAGGAAUACUUCGGGGCUUUGAUCCCUUUAUGAAUCUUGUCAUUGAUGAGUGUGUGGAGAUGGCAACUAGUGGGCAACAGAAUAACAUCGGCAUGGUGGUCAUACGAGGAAACAGCAUCAUCAUGUUAGAAGCCUUGGAAAGAGUCUAAACAAUGGCUGUUCAGCAGAGUUCACAUCCUUCCCCAAAGGACUGUUUGACUUGGGUGUAGAAUUGGGUCAUGUACAUUUUCAUUAAAAAAACAAAAAACAAAAAAACUUUUUGCUAAAUAAAACUUUUGUGAUACUUGGA